CAUGUCCUCUUGACCUCUUGAUACUGUAACAUCUUUUGACGUGGACAAGGUUUGAGCUUAUACACGCUCAAGCAGCGACUUGGACACAAGAGCACAGGGAAUUUAACUCGACCCCUGCCUUCGCUUCCACCGACUACCGGUCUCUGAAUUAUGGAUCCGACGAGCUCCGAUAUCCAUACGCAUUCGAAUCAACUCGGGCCCCCACAACAUGGCUAUAAUGUUCAAACGCUUUCCGGGUACGGCUCUACGACGUCCAGUCUCCCCGCAAGCGGGGCUGUGACUCCCCGGACACCAGGUCUCGUAGGAUUGGAAGUUGGCGAGCGCACAGCGCUGCUACGAGAGGGAAGAGACCCAGGAGAGGCAGAAGCUGGAGUGUCAACUCCGAAAGUGCCCGACGGUCGCCCGCCGUUAUGGCGCAGGCAAUCUCGGUGGAAGCGCAUGAAGUACUAUAUCCCAUCGACGUCUUGGAUACCCCAGUACUCUUUUUCCCUAUUCGCAGGCGACUUUCUUGCAGGUAUCACCGUCGCGAGCAUGCUCAUACCCCAAUCCGUCUCGUAUGCCUCCUCGCUCGCCAAACUCAGCCCUGUUACUGGCCUGUUCUCCGCAGCGAUUCCUGGGAUCGUCUACGCGCUUCUUGGCACGUCCAGGCAGCUCAACGUCGCGCCCGAGGCCGCGCUCUCCCUGCUCGUUGGACAGGCUGUCGACGACAUCCUCCACUCCGACCCGCACACGCACCCGAUCGACCCGAACGCGGUCUCUAUCGCGAUCUCAACCAUAAUCACGUUCCAGGUCGGGUUAAUCAGCUUUCUGCUAGGGCUGUUCAGGCUGGGGUUCAUGGACGUCGUGUUGAGUCGCGCGCUGCUGAGGGGAUUUGUCACCGCUGUCGCGGUUGUGAUCAUGAUAGAGCAGCUGAUCCCGAUGUUUGGCCUGACGGAGCUCGAACACGUCCUGCAGCCCAAGUCGACGCUCGAAAAGCUCCUGUUCCUGAUCGAGAACGCGUUCACGCACGCGCACGAGCUCACGACGUUCAUCAGCUUUGGGGCGCUUGGCGUGCUCGUUGCACUGCGCACGUUCAGGAUGACGUUCAAGAAGUACUGGUUCAUCUACCGUCUGCCCGAGGUGUUCAUCGUUGUGGUGGUUUCUACGAUCUUGUCGGACGAGUGGGAGUGGGACAAGGACGGAGUGGAGAUCCUGGGUUCGGUGCCAAUCAAUACGGGAAAUUCGCUCGUCCAGUUCCCGCUGAGACAUAUGACGUUGAAGUAUCUUAGGAAAACGACUCCAACUGCUAUCCUCAUAUCUGUGGUCGGUUUUCUAGACAGUAUCGUUGCCGCUAAGCAGAACGCAGGGAGGUUCGGAUAUAGCAUCAGCCCCAAUCGUGAGCUUGUCGCGCUUGGUGCCGGUAACAUUUUCGGCUCGUUCGUUCCGGGGACCCUGCCUGCCUACGGCUCUAUCACCAGGUCUAAGUUGAAUGGAGAUCUCGGAGGGCGGACGCAAAUGGCCUCCCUUGUUACUUCGACGCUCGUCUUACUCGCAACAUUCUUCCUCUUGCCCUGGCUCUACUACUUGCCGAAAUGUGUGUUGGCGUCAAUCAUCUGCCUCAUCGUCUUCUCCCUACUGGGCGAGUUCCCUCAUGAUGCGCUGUUCUACUGGAAGAUGCGGGCGUGGAUAGAUUUGAUGCUGAUGUCGCUGACGUUCUUCCUGACCAUCAUAUGGAACGUGGAGAUUGGGAUCGCGGUUAGCGUCGUCAUCUCGCUGCUGCUCGUCGUUCGACGCUCGUCGCGCACGCGCCUCACCAUCCUCGGUCGCAUCCCAGGGACAGACAGGUGGAAGCCUAUCGACGAAAACCCCGAGGCCGAGGAAGACGCCUCGGGCGUGCUCAUUGUUCGUAUACGCGAGAACCUCGACUUUGCCAACACCGCACAGCUCAAAGAGCGACUGCGGCGGCUCGAGCUAUACGGGCACGACAAACACCACCCCGCGGACGAGCCGCACAGGCAUGACGCGAACGUUCUGGUCUUCCAUCUUGCAGACGUGGAUACCAUUGAUGCUUCAGCGGUACAGAUCUUCUACGAGACGGUGGAGACGUACAAGAGUCGCGGUGUUGGGCUGUACAUUACCCACCUCAGAUCAGGGCCACGCGCGCUGUUUGAAAAGGCGGGCAUUGUUAAUAUGCUAAGCGAGGACGCAUUUUGCAAGGACGUUGCGAGCGCGAUGACGCGCAUCGAGCAGAAGAUGCGCGAGCACGCGCUAUAGUGCAGAUGGAAGCGUCCGAAACUGAUCCAAACAGUCAGUCGAGGUUUCGACAUAUCUUUUGACAUGGCCAGUCUUCUAGUGGCCCGCUAACAAAGACGUUCAACCACACAUCUGUCGUCUGUACAGCCAAGUAUAGAUCACCU